GCCCUGUUGGCUUUCAGAUGAAACUUUAUUGGGCUGGCUUUUCUCAGAAGGUGUGAAGCGCCACAGGUACCUUUGGGAGGACUGUUUGAAGUCAAUCAGUUGGAGAGCUGCCUUGAAAGUGUUCAGACUGAGCUUCAAUCCAGAGAGACACAAUGUACGGGCUGCUGUGUGAGAGUCUGCAUGACUUCAUUAAAGAGUCCUAUGGGGAUGACGUGUGGAAGCUGGUCAGAGAGAGAGCAGAUGUCAGGUUGCACUCCUUUGUUACCCACCAGGUGUAUAGUGAGAGUGUGAUACGCAUUGCAAAAGCAGCCAGCGGAGUGACAGGCACACCUUACAAUGAGCUGAUGAACUCCUGGGGUGUCUACUUCUUGGGCUUUGUGGGGAAGUACGGCUAUGACAGGAUUUUGAAGGUGCUGGGCCGUCAUGUUCGUGACUUUGUCAAUGGUCUUGAUAAUCUGCACGAGUACCUGCGCUUCAGCUACCCCAAGGUGCAGCCUCCAACCUUCUUCUGCCAGGAAGAGUCUGCCACUGGAGUCACCCUGCACUACAGGAGUAAGCGCAAAGGCUACCUGCACUACGCCAUGGGUCAGCUGAGGCAGAUGGGGAAACAGUUCUAUGAUACUGACAUCCAUGUGGAGGUGCUGUCUGAGCAAAUGGUCGGAGACUACUCCCAUGUAACCAUGAGACUGAACUUUGACAACUCAGCCUACCGCUACAUCAUGAAAGAGGAUGAGGAAGAGCAGGAGAUUCUGCCAAUUACCUGACUUCUUUUUGAGGUCUUCCCCUUCAACAUUGUCUUCAGACAGGACAUGGUGGUGCACAACGUUGGCUCCGGCCUGGCAACAGUGUUUCCUGAUCUGGAUGGAAAGAAGAUCAAUGAUGCCUUCCUGCUAGCUCGCCCCCUGGUGGAGUUCACAUGGAACAUGAUCAUUUCCCACCCCAAUAACCUGUUUGAGAUCAUGUCCAAGGAGCCUGUGAAGAGAGAGAGGAACCUUCACAACCGAGUCCAGAAUUCUGACUAUGAAAAUGCCAACCGCUCUGCUGAUGUAGACGUGGAGCUCAUGGCUUUCCAAUCAAUCAUUGGAGAUGAUUACAAAGACGGUAACAGCGCUAAUGCCAUGGAGAGCUGGGGCGAUGGGAGCCGCUGCCUAAAACUAAAAGGACAGAUGAGAUACAUGCCAGAGUGGGAGUCCAUCAUUUUCCUGGGAACCCCUGUGAUGGAAAGUCUAAGUGCUAUGUUCAAGACGGGCUUGUACAUCAAUGAUCUGAGUAUGCACGACUCCAGCAGAGACCUGGUGCUGGCAGGCACCCAGCAGUCAGAGGAGCUGAAGAGAGCUCUCAUACAGGAGCAGAAGAAGUCCAGUAAGCUGGAGGAGAGUAUGAAGAUGUUGGACUAUGAGAUGAAGAAGACUGAUGAUCUUCUUUACAGGAUGAUUCCCAAGCCAGUGGCCAAGAGGCUUCGCAAAGGAGAGCCAGCUGUAAACACUUGUGAGGUGUUCCCAGAUGUGACCAUUCUUUUCAGUGAUGUGGUGGGAUUUACUCGCAUUUGCAGCCACAUCACUCCAAUGCAGGUGGUCUCAAUGCUCAACACCAUGUACACGCUGUUCGACACGCUCAGCGAGAAGCACCGCGUCUUCAAGGUUGAGACAAUUGGUGAUGCCUACAUGGUCGUAGCCGGAGCUCCAGAGAAGACAAAGUAUCACGCUCAUAACAUCUGUGACAUGGCCCUAGACAUGGUGCGCUCCAUAGACCACCUGAAGGACCCCUCAAAUGGCAAUAACAUACAGAUUCGUGUUGGGAUCCACUCUGGGAUGGUCGUGGCAGGUGUGGUGGGACAUAAGAUGCCCCGUUAUGGUCUGCACGGUGACACAGUCCACACUGCAUCCGCCAUGGAGAGCAAUGGAAAGGAGAUGCACAUUCAGCUCAGCAGUGCCACCUACGAGCACCUGAAAGGAAGUCACUUUAUUUUUGAAAGAAGGGGCAUUAUUACCAUCAAGGGUAAUGUUGAAAUUGAGACCUACUGGCUGAAAGGUAAGAGGGACAAAGAUGGUAACGCUCAGGCAGCGUGUCCUCAGUUUGAGACUCAGACAAUCAGCAAGGCCAACAUCUCAAGCCCCGAGGAGAAAAGGGACGAGGAGAAACUGGUUUUCCCACUGGUUGCAGGUGAGGAUGCGGAUGAUGUCAAGUCUAUUCCCUCUCACCGUAUUAAGAUGGAGAUAUCUGGCCAUUUUCUGGAGGAGUCCUUGGAAGAGUGCCGCGUGGAGGAAAUGUCGGUUCAUAAGUCCCACUUUAAGGAUGCAUUGCAUGACGGUCUGCUGGACUCUCAUCUGGAAAUGGACUCACCUGAAUCUGAAGGCGGAGACUCCAUCAUAGAGUCCCGAAGCAGCUCCUGUGACUCCCACUCCUCCAAGAGUACUAUGUGCACCUUGUCGUAAAUGUGACCCGAUCAUUAGUUAGUCAUUAGUUGCAAAUGUGAUCCUAAUUCAUCCACUAAAAGCACCAAAUGGUAUCCAUAUAGAAAUCCUGUUUUAAUGUUAUUAAAUUUUGCCUUUUUGGGGGAAGUUCAUUUGGUAAACACCUUGGAAAACUUUUAUCAUUAGUUUGUACUUUAACUAGUCAGUAAGGCUUCUAGUGACCCCGAGUGAUGUUUUUUUUUAAAGCCUUGAAUCUAAAUGACUGAGAGGUCAGUCACAACUGUCUAAUAUGUGGAUUCAGAACAUUCUGAAUCUGCUAUCUUAUCUAUCUAAGUUUUGUAACAAUCUGCACAGUGGGAGAAGUUACCUUAAGAACAGAAUGCGUUGGUUGGUUCUAAAUCACGUCGUGCCAAACAUCUUUGUAUUUGUAAUAUGUGGAAGUAGAAGCCAUAUUAUUUGGAUGUUUCAACCAGCUACCUAGCCUAGCAGCCUACCGCUACUUCACAUAUUUAACUGCACUGACUGGUUAUUUAGUCCAAAGGCAUUCUCAUUUGGGCCUGCUGAUAAUGCCCUUAGAUAUUCAAAACUGUACUGAGAGGUUCAAGACUAAUUUGCAUUUGAAAAUUCAUCAGGCGAUGCCAAGCUAGUGUUUUAUUGCACUGCCAAAUCAUCAGUGCUCAUUUAGCUCUGACAAUACAGAAAUCUAUCAUAGCAAUAGCUUUUAAUUUUACACUUUGAUGAGUUUGAAAACUUGCAAAAGGGCCCUAUGUGAGAGACCACACACUUUUCAAAAUAUCAACACAGUCCAACAGAAAGCACAAUAAAUGAAAACUCUGCUACCGGUAUUUACCAUUUGUGUUAGUUUAAAAGCCAAUGGCCAAUGUUCAUGGCCAUGUGGUUCAACUGCACAUUAGCUCAGUACUUUCAUGUUCUGUUUUAAUCUGCUGCACCUUGUAGAUGUGACAUCUUGUUUCAAGCCCCCCCCCCAGUCCCUCUUCCUCCUCUCCCCUUCAUCUUGCAUGUCUGAAUUCAGUGUUCUAUAUCAGUCUUGUUGAAAACACAGCCCCAGCACAAUGUAAACGCUUGUCAGCUCAGCGAAAAAUAAAGCAAGGUGACUGCUGA